AGAGGUUUCUCGACGAGACGUGUGCAUAUUUUGUUACGAUUUACUUUAAAUACAAUUCAAUUUGUAAAACUAUGUUUAAUGAACUGUUUUAGUCAAUUUAGAAUUAAAUGAUUUGAGCUUAUCAGGAUUCAGCGAUGACAUGCUUAAGCAAUCCUUGCCCAAACCAAGGUCCAGCUGGAGCUGUUUUCGUAAAUUUGAUAUCGCAUUUGUUGACCGCACAGUGCCUUAUCACAGAACCAUGGCCUGAGGACCACGGACCACGUGUCAGAGAUAAUGACAGCUUCGAUUUCAUCAUAGUCGGUUCUGGAACCGCUGGUUCGAUUGUCGCCAACCGUUUGUCAGAAGUCAAGGAAUGGAAGGUCUUACUAAUUGAAGCUGGAGAUAAUCCCCCAGUUGAGAGUAUUAUUCCAAACUUCUCUGGAGCGACACAUAGAAGUGACCAAGUAUGGCAAUACUACACAGAAAGAGAUGAAACGACGAAUAGAGGUUGUGAAGAUGGAAAAUCGUUUUGGCCUAGAGGCAGAAUGCUUGGUGGCACUGGUUCUAUUAAUGGUCUUCUUCACAUGAGAGGCAGUCCCGGCGAUUACGAACCAUGGCAUUUAACAGACGAUGAUGGUUGGGAUUGGCCAAAUAUUAAGAAAUAUUUUAUGAAAAGUGAAAAAAAUGUUGACCCUACAAUCCUUAAUGAUCCAGUUUUAAGAAGAAACCACGGAACCGACGGCUUGUAUAUUGUUGAUAAAUUAAAUUUCACUCACCCUGACAUAGUUAAUAAAUUAACUCAAGCUUAUAUUGAAAUGGGAUUAACUUAUCUAGAUGAUAUAAAUGGACCUACGCAGAUGGGAUUUGGAAGGAUACAGGGUGGCAAUCAUAAAGGUAGAAGAGUUAGUUCAGCAACAGCGUUUCUAAAUUCGGCUAGGGAUCGUGGAAAUUUAUAUAUUUUGAAAAACACCUUUGUUGAUCAAAUUAUUUUUAAAGAUUCAAAAGCAGUUGGAGUUACAAUUACGAAGGUAAAUGAAGAAAAACUGACUUAUUAUGCGUCAAAGGAAGUGGUAGUAAGUGCUGGUACCAUAAAUACACCCGUGUUGUUGAUGCUAUCAGGGAUUGGACCAAAAGAACACUUAGAACAAUUAAAAAUAAAUGUCAUAGCAGACCUACCGGUUGGUGAAAAUUUACAAGAUCACGUACGCAUUCCUGUACCGUUUACCUUGAAUACAGGAGCAGUAAAAAAAUCAAGUGACUAUUGGCUUAAAGCAGCAGCACAAUAUCUGAUCGAUCAAAGCGGACCACAUGCUACUAAUUACGACCAACCUAAUAUUAAUGCAUUUCUUUCUGUACCAAGUGGUAAACAGUUGCCUGAUGUACAAAUAGAUCACAAUUACUUUGUACCAAAUACAUCUUAUAUUUAUCCCAUGUGUAGAAACAUAAUGUCAUUCACUGACGAGAUCUGUAAACAGUUUUCAGAAAUGAAUGCUAAUCAAGAAAUGAUAAUAUUGUUUGUAUCUCUAUGUAGACCGUUAUCAAAGGGUAAAAUAAUUUUACGCUCUAAGGUAUCUACUGAUCAUCCAAAAAUAUAUCCUAAAUAUUUCAGCGACAAACGUGAUAUGUCUACUUUUAUCAAAAGCCUCAGACGUGUCACUGAUAUAGUUGAGACUAAAGUUUUUAAAGAAGUGGGAGCAAAACUUGAAAGAAUAAAAUUUAAAGAUUGCGAUGGUUUUGAGUUUAGAAGUUAUGAAUACUGGGAAUGCAUGGCAAGAACUGUAACUUAUAAUGUUUACCAUCCAGUUGGGACAGCUAAGAUGGGAAAAGUUGAUGAUCCCACCAGUGUAGUUGAUAGUAAAUUAAGGGUUUUAGGUAUAAAAGGCUUAAGAAUAGUAGAUGCAAGUGUCAUGCCAACUAUAACAAGUGUUAAUACUAACGCGCCUACGAUGAUCAUAGCUGAAAGAGCUUCAGAUUUUAUUAAAUCUGAAUACUGGACUCGGACGUCGGACUGGCUGAACGAUGAACUUUAAUUUUACUUUAAUUUUGUCAUAAUAAGAAUGUUGUCAUUUAAAAAAUAAUUUGAGCAGGUUCUG